AUGCUCGCCCCCAACUACUACACCCACCCCUACGCCUACAACUACCGCGUGGCGCCCCCGGUGCGGCCCUCACGGUCCCUCGAAGGCCUGGAGCGAGUGAUUCCGCCAACCAGCCCCAAAUCCAUCGACGUUUACUCGCCCACCCGCUCCGAACUCUUCCUCAACAAACCACUCCCCGCCAAACCACUGCCCUCCACCCCCUCCGACGACCUGGAGCCCGAGUAUUCCGGCAUGUGGAGCGACUCGAGUGACGACGAAAGCGACGACAGCACCCUCGACAGCAUCGCCAGCCCCGAGCCGCGAGCCUCCACCGAGAGCUACCCCAUCUUUGUGUCUGGUGCCGACGACAUUCUGGGCGAUCCCCCGGCCCCCGCCGAUCGCUCUGUCAAGCCGAUCGUCGCUCCACAACGUCUCCUGUCUCGCACGGACUCGUUCGUGUCGGACACGUCGACCAAGUCCGACGCUCAGUAUGGCCGCCCCGCCUUGUGGUCGCAGCCACAGUCCCAGUAUCAGUCCCAGACGCGAGCUGGGACGAAUCACUACUUCCGCGAAAAGAAGUGGGAUUUUUUCCCAGAGCUCGCAACGCCGGGGGCAGUGUCUGCCGUGGGCCGAGCCAGCCCGGAAAUCCGCAAUGGAAAGACCCGCAAGAAGCAGAAGCCUGGCCGUCUGAACCUCUCCAAACGCCGACGAUGGCAUUCGCUGGAUCGCCCGGGAAUGGGCAUGGGUUUGGCGCAGGCCCGCGACUCCAUCAAGACCUACGUCCACCGAACACUAUCCCGAGAUUCGCCCGAGUCCAGGACUAAGGCCAAAGACAAAGACGCCCAACGAGCACGACCGGCCACGGCCCCGGCGAAUGAGGUCGAUGGAACACCCAAAAGCACCCUGCAGCAAUGGCGUGGGCUCGCCGGUCAGCCCCUGCAGCAUUCCUCGCUCGGCGCCGAUGUGAAUCUGCAAAUGCGGGCGCUGUCAUUACACACCAUGUCCAGCACUACUGCCAGCACGACCAGCGAUAUGCCCGACAGCCCCCGGUCGGCCCGCUUCGCCGUGCCCAUGACGGCUUACCAGAAGUACGGCGCCUCGAUCUGGGAUGCGCCCAAGUUCAAGAAGCGCACUCUGCGCCCGCGCCAGCAGCCCGGCGCCUCGCGGUCUUCGUCGCAGCUCGCCUCCAUCAACCCGACAUCACCCCUCUCCCCGCCGCUGAAAACGCAACUGCAGCAGAAUACCCGGGAUGCAGUCCGGGUCUUGCAGGGUGGGACAAGCCACAUGCUCGUUGCGCUGGACGGCGCCAAGAAGAAAAUAUCCGAGUCCAAGGACGAGCGUCGGCGCGAACAGCUCAAGGCCCAGAUCAAAUUGGUUGGGCCGGUCAAUCCGCACACGUGUGGCCAGCUCGACCCAUGGGUUUAG